GCCCCAGUACAGAUGAUAUUUGCCGUGACUUCCUGCGCAACGUCUGCAACCGCGGUAAGCGCUGCAAGUUCCGCCACCCAGACGCUAAUGAGAUGUCCACCCUUGGCCUUUUAUCUUCCGAUCUACCCGUUAAUAAAGGUCCAAUGGAGCAUUCACAGAGCAGUUCUCAGAACUUUGCAAGAAAUACACCUGAUCCUUUAUGGCCAGUUGCAGCUUUUUGCCUUCCCUAAACUUUGUCUCCUUGGAUUAUGUUGUUUGUUGAGCAGCGCUGAAAUAAUCGGUAAAAAUGGCAGACAAUAAUGUUAUUAACAAUGGCAAAGACGAGGCUGGCCAAAGCACGGAAGAUGUUUGUCGGGACUACCUGCGCAAUGUCUGCUAUCGCGGCAAGACCUGCAAGUACCUCCAUCCGGAUAUAAAUGAGGUACAUGACCUAGGUGUGAAAAAGAAUGAGUUUGUCUUCUGUCAUUAUUUUAUGAAUAAUGUAUGUACCCGUGCAAAGUGCACAUUCAUACAUGGGACAGUAGAGGAUGAGGAAUACUACAAAAAAACGGGGGAACUUCCCUUGCAUUUGCGCUCGAAGGUGGCUGAAACCUAUGGUCUCUCAGUUUCUGACCUGCCUGCUGAUAAAGGUGAGAUCCCAGUAUGCCGUGACUACCUUAAAGGUGACUGUCAAAGAGGCUCGAAGUGUAGGUUCCGGCAUUUCAAACGUGACAAUUUAGAACCUGAAACCAAGCUGACUCGAGAUCCUCCAGUUUCUCAGCCGGUACGUAGAUAUGAGCGAUUGGAUAAUGAUAGUGGCAUCAAUUGCUAUGAGUACGACCACCGCUUGAAGAGGAGAAAGUUGGAAGGGUUUGAGUUUGAAGUCUAUGAAUAUGAUCUCACAAGUCGGCGAGCGGUUGACUCUGGAUAUCUGGAGGAGGAGAACAUUAUGUUGCGAAACCGAAAUGAGGAACUCAAGAAACAGGUGUCAAAUUUGAUGGGCAACAAUGAGGUCCUUUUGGAGCAGAAUGCAUUUCUCCGCAACCAGAUCAAGGCUGCAAUGCUGAAUGUUCUGCCCACAACAACAUCAACAACAACCGGGAGAUUUGGUCACUGCACUUCUCCAGGAAUUAAGACAAGGGGACUUUGGGAGUAAAUUGCUUCUAAAAUUGCAAAAUAAUUCUUUACAUCUCAGCACUGAUCCUCUAUGUUUAAUUCCUUUCUCCUGUGACUCUGAAUGAAGUUGGGGGAAGGGUGGGAAAAAUAUUCUUGGAAUAUUAAAAUCCCAAAAUGUUUUAUGCUUCAAAAUAUCCAGUCAAGAUACAUACCAAGUUUUUUUGAUAAGUUGACACGGCUACGCAAGAAGCAUCAAAUGGAUUUUUGCUGAAAACAUUUUUCUUGAUGUUAGCAGCAAUAGCUAAGUUAACUUGGGUAUAUGUGUUAGUUGGAAGAGGCAUUGAAGAGCUAGUGCCAAGUAGUUGUCCAACAUAGGUCACCAUCAUAGAAAAUAAAUAUAAUUUGCAAAAUCUGAGUAGUUUGCUGAGGAAUAAGUUUCUGAACACACUUUUUGUAAAAAGUAAUUUACAAGACAAAGUUUAAUGACAAUAUGUUCAGCUUAAGUGAGUUACCACAAACCUUUUAAUGGUGAUCUAGGUUAGUGUACGUGGGAUCAGAAUGGCAAUGUCCAUGCUGCCUUUGGAUUGAGCUGAACAGACUUUAACGUUCCAACCUGUCACUGAGUCAGUUGGAACACCUUCAGACAUGUGUCUGAGGCACUAAUAUAAACUAUUGCUAAGGAAUUCUGGAAUUACCCGGAAUUUCAGAAUGAUACAAAACUACAGUACGUUUUCUUAGUUGUGUUGCCUUGAAAACAGUGCAGCUGGCAUGUAAUGAAAGAUAAUUAUAUAGGCUAUCCCAGUUUUGUCCAAAAUGGACACUUGUCCUUUUAUGAAUAAAAAUGCGCAUUACAGCAUCCACUUUUGAUUUAAAAAAAAAAAAAAAAAAAAAAAAUUGACAAUCUGCAAAUCCUGGCUCGCAUUGAGCAAUGUUCUCCCAAGCCCUAGGAAAAUCUUGCAAUCCUUAUUGUGUUUACUGUCUUUCCCUUGCCUUCGCACUCCACCCACCCUGCCCAUCUGCUACCAUCACCAACCUAACCACAUUUCAGAACAUUUAAAGUACAGCAGGACCGGGAAUGAUCUUGCUGGUUAAAUGAGCAGGCUCCAGACGCCAUGAAAUGGAAAAGUCAUGAGAAUUUGCAAUUCUACAGUUGCAAUGGAAUAAAUGAAAGUAUGCAUUGACAAUUCUGAUUAAGUGAAAUCUGGUGUUGUCGCUAUUCAGUUCUAAUAUUUUAGACACUGUCCUUCAAAUCAAAAUAACAGGAAAUAAAAUGAUAUCUAAUAUUCACAACUUUGUGCACAAGAUACCACAUCAUCAUAUGGCAGUAUUAGUGUGUUCCAGUUCUAUUUGUUAACUGAUCACUUGGCUUCAUUUAGGAAAGCAAUCAUACUAGAGACAGGGACAGAGCUUGUUUGCACAAAGGCGCACAAUGUCACUGCUUGAGAGGUACACUUUCGGAACAAAUAUUUUUGAGUUUUAUGUUUUGAAUAUAUGACAAACUACUGCUUAAUACUGAAAAUCCUCCCCCCCCCCCCCCCCCCCCCCCCCCCCCCAACUAGUAUUGCGCCACCUUGUGUGAACUUGGUGAAUGGGAAUAUUUGUUUGCUUGUGAAUUGUUGGGAACAAUAUUAUUAAACCUUUCCAGCCAAGAAAGACAGCUCCCAGCCUUUAAAUUUAAAUCGUAAAAUAUAUUUGUGAUGCUUUUUCUUUGAAGGUCGGAACUAUCCAGACAAUGUGUUUUUAGCUAAUGUCAGUCAACUUGUCAUAGAUAAUUAUACAUCAAAGGUGCCCUGAAACUUGUCUAAGAAUGAACAAACAUGAACUAAAAUAUCCAUAAUGUAGCUUCUUAAAAGUAUUUUCUGGGGUUAAGAGAUAGCUAACUUCUGACAAGUGAUACUCAAUAAUUAAAAACUAGUGCUUGAGAUAUAUUGUCAUAAAAAUGACUUUUCUCUUGUAACUCUCAAUCAUGUUAGUUGUCACCUGUGAAAUUGUUAGAAUUCUAUUAUUGCCAUUUUACUAUGCUAGUUGUGGUAGGGGGUGAGGGCAUGAGGUAAAACUACUGCAUUAAAAUGAGUGUUUAUGCAUCAUUUAUGUUAAAUACAUAAAUCUGAAAUGAUAAUUAAGCCACAUUUUUAUCUUUUUGGGUUUUAUUUGCCAUUUUGAGUUUGCUAUUCCAAACAUUAAUUAGACUUUGAUGCACAAAAAUUAUUUUCAAACUUCGAUCCUGUAAAUGGAGGCUAGUCUGGACAUUACAGGCAUUUGAAUUGCAGAUAUGCACGUUCGUGCCUUUGAAUUUUGUGGCUGGAAAGGUUUAAGUGUAUGUGUGUACGAGUGGGGGAAAAAAAGGCUUGCAGGUAGUUUCAAUUAAUUUUGGACUCUUGUAUUUGUCUGUUUAAUACCUGCCUUGUAUUAAAUUGUUGUUGCCUAAUUGUAGAGCCACCCUCCAUACACGCAGUUUAAAAAUAUAGGUUUCUUAAAGUUGAUCAGUGCAUGUAUAGUGAGGUGAUUUUGUUUUCAAUUAUUAAUGCAUGGUUGUCUUAUUUUUGCACCAUUUGCUCUUAUCUUACCUAAAAUUUCAUUGAAGUGUAUUUGUUUUGAAUAAUGCUUGGAGGGAGCCGAUAUAAAGCAGCUCCCCAAUAUUGACCCCCUCGCGAAGUUGGAAGUCUAUUGGCCUCUUGGAAAUGUUAAGACAGCCGAUGACCAACAGCUGCCAAACCUAUCUUCCAGAAGCAUAUAUUUUCUGAAGGAUAUGGAUUACUUGAGUUUUACUGACAAAAAACGUACUAAUACGAUACAAAUUGAGAAAUGUGGUGAUCUUGUGGACCCUGAUAGUGUAGACAACUUGGAUAAAAGCUGGUCAGGGGUUGGGGCUACAUGGCCAUUCUUUACAAACUGUUAUUUAAUACAAAAUUAGGAAAGAUUUGUGGUGUAGAUCCAAACUGGUUGGGAUGGUCAAACUAAUUUCAUGGAGAACUCAUAGGCAGAAGAAAGAAACAUUUUCCAUUUCAUCUUUCUGAACCCGGUUUCAAAUUAGGUCCCGAAUACUCCCGCUAAUAUCAAAUACCUCAUUAUAUAUGAUGGCUCCAAAGCGUCCCAACCCAAAAGGUCACCUAUCCAUGUUCUUCAAGGAUGCCGCCUGACCCGUUGAGUUCCUGCAGCAUUUUGUCUUUCCAUGGUAAAACUAGGAUCUGGUUUCUAUACUACGGUCUGCUUCAGUCCCACUUUAUGGUCUCUGAUUAGGUGUGUUUUCAGGCUUCAAUACCUCCCUACAUUUUGGGGAUAGAUUUUAACUCCAAUUACAUUUUAUACCAAAAUACAUAAAUCAGCCUAUUUUCUUGUUUGUGAUUUCUUUCAUGACACACACACCUGUGGGAAAAGAUUUAGCUUCUGACAAGAUUGCAUUUGUAAGACUCAUGAGGCGCAAAUUUCAUAUUCACCAAAAAGCAGCAAUCAAAAGCAUAUAACACUGCAGCCUCAAACAUCUGUGUUGCAGAAAAUGCCCAUUUAGAAUAAAGUAGGUUUCACAAUAACAUGAGAAAUUCUGGUUGAGUCUUGUACUCCUUUGUGAAUGACUCUUCCCACAGGCACAUUUAACACCCACCUGCGCAUGAGUCCAUCUACACGCACGCUAUUUUGGAGACAUGUCCGAGAAAUCAUUUGAUUUCCCCAGCUUGUUCCAUCUCCUCCUAUACAUUACUAUAAUUCUUGCUCCUGUUACAACUCUUCCUCUUUUAUCAAUCCCAGUCUUUAUUUUGCAAUGCAGCACCUUCAUUUAUGUAGAUCUCUGCUUAUAAUAUUUUUUGGGGCUUGUUUGCGCUAUGAAAAUGUGCAGUUUUACCAUGCCAAGAGGGUUUGUGUCCCAAUCGUCUUUCUGUUAAUGUGCAUUAAGGUGCAGAGAAUCAGAUGGCACAAAAAGUAAAUUGAAUGUUUUAAAAUUGGAUAAACACGAUAGUUGAAAGGGAAUAUUGAACUCAAAACAAAAAGUAGCAAGGAAGGAAAGGUAAGGAUUGAGUGGUAAGCAGUAUUCGACUACAAGUCAAAAUUAAAUCACAUGUAUUGCCCCUUUAAUGCCAGUGCAUUGUUUCUGGGCACACAACGAUGUGAAAAGUAUCAGUACAGCUCUGAAAGGUCCUGAAUGAAAGCCACAACUUAAUGUUGGGAAUAGGAAUAGUUUUGAUUUUAAAUAAGGUAAAUUGGAUUUUAAAUAAUAUUAAGCAACUGUUGAUGUAGUGUGAAACAUCCUGUUUUCUGUGGCUGGUAUAUGUGGGAUGGUGACAUCAGUCAACCAUCUUCAACUUUGUUAAUGCAAAAACAUUGAGGUUAUUUAGCAAUUUUGACUGGCGAAAAAAUCUAUCAUAUGUGUUUAGUGUAUAAAUUCAUCUGGAUGCUACCAACCUAAAAUAUAAUUUACCUGCUACUGAGUUUAAGUCUAGUCUGGAUAGGAGAGUGGAUAUAGUCUAGCCAUUAAUUUCAAGCCAUUAACAUUGUUUAAUGUAUUUUGAAGUCUGCUUAAUACUUUUGGGUGAAUGAUUCCACUUCAACAUGAUUCAUGAACCUUAUUGUGGUCUUCAGUUUCAUUUGCUUCUCCUCUGUGAGGGAACAUGGCAAUAAAGGCAUAAAGAAAAAUCCUACCUAUGUUCUGACAAUGGCUGUGUUUCUGUAAGGGCUUAUUGAGACGAGCUGUAAGAAAAAAGGACACUGUUUUCAAGGAUUUAAUUUCUCUAAUUUGACAAUGUUGUAAGUUUAAUUAUUGUGCUAUAUUGUAUCUUGCCAAUCAUUCUGCUUCUGUAUUAUUUUGUCUUGAAAUAAAUCUGGACAAAUUCUUCUGCUCAUUGUCAUGUUGUAUGGCUUGCUGGUGUGGUAUUGUUCCACCUGAUGUCAGCAGAGAGGUAGCUUUACCAUAUAUUUCAGGAAGUAGCGUGUUAUGAACAAGUUUAAGAGCAUAGAACAGGUCCAACUAAUUUGCAUGAGGGAAACCACAAAGGACUGUUUACAUGCGAUUGUCUAUGGUUGCUUAGGGAGAUUGUAGUCCAGCCAUAAAGACUACAAAAUGAUGAAUCUGUAACACCCAACUCCAGGUAUUAUUUCAAAAUUUACAUUUUUCUCAUUAGUUCAAUGUGUUUUCUUGUUUAAGUGCGGGGAAACACUAGCAGUUGUCUUCUUGCUCGGCCAUUCUUGUCCCCAAGCAGAACUGUUUAAAUAAAAUUCAAGUGAAUUCUAAGCUACCAUUGGCUGUCUUCUAACAUUUUUGAGAUGAAUUUAACUGAUUUAUUCCAAGCUUAGUUAUAUGCCUAUAAGAUUUCUCAACAUUCAAAGAUUAUAAUCCCGUAACUCGCUGAGUUAUUUUUUGGGGAAAAAAAGAUACUUCAUUUAUUCUAAAGCAGGGGCCUCCAAACUUUUCAGCAACUUUUAUAUAUUUGGCACAUUUUUGCGGGCCGCAGGAAAAAAUAAAUAAAUGUCACGCACAUGCACUGUGACCACCCCUCAUGGCAUAUUAACAAAGACCCAUGCACGCAUAAUGCUCACCCAUCGGGCACACACAGCCAGCUACCGAUCCGACGAUCUCCGCAGGGCUAGAGAGAGGAGGGAGAGAGGGAGAGGGGCAGAGCCCCGGUCACAGGUUCCAGAUCAGUGUGGCGCCCUGGAGCGGGAGCUGUUCAUGGGUCACCCUCACGGGGGGAGACCGCUACACACCAACCUUGUCGCCAACUAGCUCCCUCUCCCCCUCCACCCCCUCGCUCCACUCCCCACCCCAUGCUACCACCCCGCACAACUUGCCUUUGCAACACAGGAGCAAUGAUACGGCAGUGCCGCGGUAGAGUCGCUGUCUCACAGCGCCAAGAGACAUGGGUUCCUUCCUGACUACGGGUGCUGUCUGUAUGGAGUUUGUACCUGCGUGGGUUUUAUCCGGGUGCUCUGGUUUCCUCCCACACUCCACGUUUACAGGUUCAUUGAAUUUGUCCCCAGUGUGUGUAGGAUAGUGCUAGUGUGUACGGGCAUCGCUUCGAUGGGCCGAAGGGCCUGUUUCCAUGCUGUAUCUCUAAAGCUGCGCUACCACAGAACCCGCUAAAUAGCCCGCCUCAUGGAACGUGUUAAGAGCUUGCUGCGGACUGGAUAAAAUCUUGUAGCGGGCCCGAUGUGGCCCACGGGCCAUGGUUUGGAGACCCCUAUUCUAAAGUUUGAACUGAUUUUCAAAAAAAAUACUAUACUACAGUUUUUCCAUUUUUAGCUACUCCCAGGCCCCCGUGCAGUCUAUCCUUGAUUAUGCAGACAUACCCGUGAUGAGCUUCCAUGCUGUGGUUAAUUGCUUGGACUAUGAGAAUUAAUGUGGUUGAGUUCUGUUUUUGAAAAAAAAAAUCUGGGAGUGUAUCAAUUAGCAUAAGGAGUAGAAGGUUAAUUAAAAGUAUAAUUUUCCUUCAGAAAUGUCCCCGUUUAGGCAGUUAAUUAUUUAGAAGUUUGAAUACAUUUCUCAUUCAGAUGACAAAUCGAUGUGAUGUUUUAAAGUUAAACUAUCAUCACCAGAUGGGGUUUCAGUAAAAUUGUGUGGGGGGGUUAUCUGCAUCACAGCAUCGGGAACAGUCUCAAGGUGAGUAACCUUUCGUUUUAAAAUCUGGUGUAAAAGUACAAAAAGUCAUGCAAAAGUGUCCUGCUUUUUAUCUUUAUCAACUGAAUUUCAUGGAGCUUCAAGCCUCUUAAAAGUUCAAAUAUGUAUUUGUUAAAUCCUGUUGGUGAUGAUAGAUUUUCAUAUUCUGAUUUUUGGAUUUGACCACCAUUGAGGUAACAAUGUUAAAAGUGGCUUUUUCCAUCCUGUGAACUUUGAGAUCAGUUGGUAGCACUCUAGCCUGACUGAGAAGGUUCCAUCACUGAUGUAAAUGUGUUUCAGUCCUUGGUGAGUGGACACAAAUUAUGCCAUUAUUUGAAGAAUAUGGACAUGGCCUGGCCAACAUUACUUUCUCAAUCAAUUGACCAAAGAAUAAUGAACUGGACAUUCAUCUCAUUUGCUGUUAUAUUUUGCUGUAUGCAAAACGGCUGCUGCAUUUGCCAGGGAAUAAUCACUGCUGCUAAAAAUAAUUCAUCCAUGAGGCUUUGGCGCUAUAUAAAAUGAGUUCUUUAAUUAUGCUGAUAAAUAGGUUUAAAAGUUGCCUCUUCACGUGGAAUGCUCUGAUAUUGAGUCUUCAGUCUGAAGAAGGGUUUCGGCCCGAAAUGUUGCUAUUUCCUUUGUUCCAUAGAUGCUGCCGUACCCGCUGAGUUUCUCCAGCAAUUUUGUCUACCUUCAUUCAGCUCUGAUAUUGUUGAGUAUUCCUGAAACAUUACAGAAUCUCCAGAAUGAGACAGAUCGUUGGAGUCUGCUCUGACCGGAUCUGAAUGAAGGAGCAAAAUUUUGAUGUUUUACAGCUGAAUGCUUACGCCAAAAAUUGCAAAGCUGCCAGCAAGAUAAUUAUUAGCAGUCAAGGGCUUUGAUUCAUGUUGUAUACAACUCCAUGGUCACUGCAUAUUUGAGAUGUGCUUAUUCCUGCUUGAUUGGCAGUUCCACAGGCACAGUGGCUCUCUACCUUGUCCAAUGGCCUCUUUAAUCUGGAUGUGAAUAUUAAGGACAUCACACAUCUAUUCUCGCAUCCAACCACGUGACUAGAAAGCAAAUGGGAGAUUUUUUUCUCUCCCUAAAAACAUUUGUGCAAGUAUCUAGUAUUCUGUAAGGUAGACAAAAAUGCUGGAGAAACUCAGUGGGUGAGGCAGCAUCUAUGGAGCGAAGGAAUAGGUGACGUUUCGGGUCGAGACCCUUCUUCUCCAAGUAUUCUGUAAAGUCAUUUUGCAACCUCGGGACACAUAACUUCAUUAUAAGUGUUUUCGCAUAGUGUCGAGGGAGAACGGAUAUAUAGAUAUAUAUAUCUAUAUAUCCCCUCUCAUCUUUUCUAAAUUCAAGUGAAUACAAGCCCAGUCGCUCCAUUCUUUCAUCAUAUGACAGUCUUGCCAUCCCGGGAAUUAACCCUCGUGAACCUAUGUUGCACUCAAUAACAAGAAUGUCCUUCCUCAAAUUAGACCAAAACUGCACAUAGUACUCCAGGUGUGGUCUCAAUGUGGUGUUAAUUUCUUAUUUCCAAAUGUUCCAUCAACUUCCUUCAAACCCAUCAUUGUCCUACAAAAUGUUAUAGCUUAUUUCUAUUUUAUUGUAUUUAUAUGUAUAAAGGCUAUUUUUAUUCAUUGUGUUUCUAUGUAAUGUUUAGAAAAAUUAUAAUACUGAAAAUGAGAUGCCAGCAGAUAAUCAAUGUUUCAUGGAAUAAUUGAUUUGUUUAUUUUUACAACCCAAAAACCUGUGAACGCAAUGAUAUUUAUUUUCUUGUUUUCCGAUCUUGCGAUUGUUUUCCGGGUCGUAUCUCCGGUCGCUCCGCGGCCUAACAUCAUGGAGCUGGCGGGCUCGCUCGGGACGGACUUUGAACCCCACCGCGGGGCCAUGGACUUACCAUCGGAGCCGAUCCCUUGCCUGGUAUCGACGCUCCAACCGCGGCCUGUGUAUUUCACCAUCGAGAGCUCGCAGUCUCGGGUAGAUGCCUGGAGCUCUAACAACAUAGAAGGUUUCAACCAGCCCUGACCUGGGGUCCGAUCACCGGCACCGGGGAGCAGACGAGGAGGGCUCGACCGCCGGCUACUGCAGUAUGAUCCCCCCCGACAACGUAAGGCUUAUGGCCCCCGACCGCGGGAGAACAAAGAAGGGAAGAGAUUGAACUUUUUUUUUCGCCUUCCAUCACAGUGAGGAAUGUGGAGGAGUCACUGUGGUGGAUGUUUAUGUUAAAACGUAUUUUGUGUUCUGUUGCUUUUUAUUUGUAUGACUGACUUGGCAAAUUAAAUUCCUUGUAUGUUGCAAAACAUACUUGGUUAAUAAAG